GGGUUAACCCCUUCCUGCCCUUCUGUGGACACGAGAUGGCAUGUCUGAAGCGUGCCUCUUCCGGUUCAACGCCCUCUCCUUAGUGUAUCUUCUCUACCUGCUCCUCCUGCCGUGGUUCCAUGGCCCCACAGAGUACACCGUGAGAGGUCACACGGGACGCCUCCUGCGCGCUCUCUUAGCCACCAGCAUCCUUUUCCUCCUCGCCCACCUGGUCUUCCAAAUAUGCCUCUACACCAUACCAAGCUUGGACCAGCUUCUGGGACACAACUGCAGUACAUGGGAAACUGUGGCCCAGCACAUCGGCGUCACAAGGCUGGACCUCCAUGACAUUCCCAACUCCAUGCGCUUGGUGGCCCCUGACUUUGGGAUCCUGCUGGUUGCUGCCCUCUGCCUGGGUGUCUGCAGCCGCCUGGUGCCCACGAAGACAGACCCCCUGACUUCUGGGGGUGGGACGCCGCCGGGCCCCCGCUGGCCUCCAGAGAAGGAAGAUGUCGCUGGGGAAGAGGAAGAGCCGAGGCCGCCAGGAGCCAUUGAUGUACCUGCCGCCGGAGCCUCUCUGCGACGGAGGGCGCGGCUGGCAGCCCGGCUCCGGAUAACGGCCCACUGGCUCUUGAUGGGCGUCGGUAAAAUCAUGGCAGUUGCUUUGCUUGCCCUGGCAGGGAUCACCCUGCCGUCUGCCUCCUCCGCCCUCUACUACCUGCUUUUCGUGGGACUCUGCACCUGGUGGGCCUGCCACUUCCCCCUCGGCCCCCCGGCCUUCAACGCCUUGUGCAUCGUGGUGGAUGUCUUCGCGGGCGGCCACCUGGUCUGCCUCUAUGGCUACCAGACGCCUUUCGUGCAGAACCACCUCCCGCCCACCAGCCUCUGGGCACGAUUGUUUGGCUUGAAGGCUGUCAUCCUGCAUGAGGACUGCAGCAAGCCCAACAGGCUGGUCCUGGACGUCAGCCUCCCUUGGCCAGUCUACGUCAAUCCUGGGAUCCUGUUGCUGCUUUAUUAUGUCUUGGCCACCCUGGUGAAGCUCCACCGGUCUCACUCCUACGAGCAGCGAAGAGAUGCCGAAAGCGCCUCGUCGGAGUUGAUGGAGCUGGAGAACUGGUCCAUGGACAGAGAUGGGCUGGCCGAAGAUGCCAAGCCCAUGUUGAUCUGUGGAACCGAGGCUUCGGGGGCAGAUCCAGAGAACUGUACGGUGCAUGACCUUGGGGAGGCCGAGCAGCCAGCCGGCCGGCCACGGGCGCACCGCAAAGAGAAGCUGCAGCUGCUCUCGUCCCUGGGCCACGUCGUCAUGAACCAGAGCUACGUGUGCGCCCUCAUUGCCAUGAUGGUGUGGAGCAUCACCUACCACAGCUGGCUGACCUUCGUGCUGCUCCUCUGGGCCUGCCUCAUCUGGAUCGUCCGCCACAGGCGCCACUUCGCCAUGCUCUGCUCGCCCUUCCUCCUCCUCUACGGCGUCGCCCUCUGCAGCCUGCAGUAUGUGUGGGGCAUGGAACUGGAACCCGAGCUGCCCACCCGGGUGGGCUUCAUGCCCCUGGAACAGCUGGGGCUGGUGCGGCCCCCCUACCCCUGCCUCUACCUGGGAGCCAAGCUCCUUUACACCCUGACCUUCUGGCUCCUGGUGCGACAGUUUGUGAAGGAGAAGCUGCUGAAAAAGAAGCCGCCGCCGCCACCGCCUGCCCCCUUGGUGGAGGUGACCGUGGCCGACGCAGGGGCGGGCCACAAGCGCGACGUGCUGAAGGUCCUGGGGGCGUCCGUGAGCGGCUUCUACGCCAAGUUCUGGAUCUUGGUUUGCGCCGGCAUGUUCAUCGUCGUCAGCUUUGCCGGGCGGCUGGUGGUCUACAAGAUCGUCUACAUGUUCCUCUUCCUCCUGAGCCUCACCCUCUUCCAGGUGUACUACACUCUCUGGCGGAAGCUGCUGAAGACCUUCUGGUGGCUGGUGGUGGCCUACACCAUGCUGGUGCUCAUUGCCGUUUACACUUACCAGUUUGAGGACUUCCCCAUGUACUGGCGCAACUUCACCGGAUUGACUGACGAGCAGCUGGGUGACCUGGGUCUGGAGCAGUUCAGCGUCUCAGAGCUUUUCUCCCGAAUCUUCAUCCCGGGCUUCUUCCUGCUGGCCUGCAUCCUGCAGCUGCAUUACUUCCAUCGGCCUUUCAUGCGCAUCACCGACCUGGAACACAUCAUGGCACCAGGGCGGCGUGGCAGUCCCACACUGGGGUACGUCGCCCUCCCUUCUGUCCUGCUCCAGCCUGAGGAUGGAGAGGACAAAGGCUGUGAAUCUGGAGACGAAGGGGAUGCUGCGUCUGAAGGGAAGGAGGCGUCUCCCUCAGAAGAAGGCGCGCCCAGCAAGUGGGGCCUGGUGCUGGAGCGCCUGAUGGUGCUGGCCAAGAACUUCUCCAACAUCUUGAGCGGCAUCCAAGUCUUCGUGUUGCGCCUCCUUGAGCUACACAUCCUGAAGCUGGUGGCCCUUUACAUCCUCUGGGUGGCUUUGCAGGAGGUGUCGGUGAUGAACUUCCUGCUGGUGGUCUUGUGGGCCCUCGCCAUCCCCUUCAGCCGCUUCUCCCACAUGGCCUCCUGCCUCUCCACCGUCUGGGUCUGCAUCAUCAUCAUCUGCAAGAUGCUCUACCAGCUGAACAUCGUCAACCCACAAGAGUAUGCCAGCAACUGCACCAAGCCGCAGCCGAAUAGCACCAACCUCCUGCCGGAAGAGAUUGGCAACUCCACGCUCUAUCGGGGUCCCGUUGACCCAGCCAACUGGUUUGGCAUCCGCAAGGGUUUCCCCAACCUGGGUUACAUCCAGAACCACCUGCAGGUGCUGGUCCUGCUGGUCUUCGAGGCUGUGGUGUACCGGUGCCAGGAGUAUUACCGCAAGCAGCACCAGCUGGUGCCCCCAGCCACCCAGACGGUCUUUGAGGGUGCCACGCGCCAGAAUUUGGAUCGGGGCCUGCUCCACUGCAUCAAGUACUUCAUCAACUACUUCUUCUACAAGUUCGGCCUGGAGAUCUGCUUCCUGGUGACGGUGAACGUGAUCGGCCAGCGCAUGAACUUCAUGGUGAUCUUCCACGGGUGCUGGCUGGUCGUCAUCUUGACCCGGCGGAGGAGGCAGGCCAUCGCUCGGCUCUGGCCCAAGUACUGCCUCUUCCUGGCCCUCUUCUUGACCUUCCAGUACCUUCUCUGCGUCGGCAUCCCUCCGGUGCUCUGCAUCGACUACCCCUGGCGCUGGAGCCACGCCGUUCCAAUCAACUCUGCCCUCAUCAAGUGGAUGUACUUCCCCGAUUUCUUCGUGAAGCCCAACUCCGUCAACCUCAUGAGUGACUUUUUGCUGCUGCUCUGUGCCUCCCAGCAGUGGAAGGUUUUUGUCAAUGAGCAGACGGAGGAGUGGGUGCGGCUGGCCGGCGACAACCGGGAGCACCUGCAGCUCCCGAAAGGGGAGCCAAACCCCGUGCCCAACUUUGUCAACUGCAGGUCUUACCUGGACAUGCUGAAAGUGUGCGUCUUCCGCUACCUCUUCUGGUUCGUGCUGGUCAUCGUCUUUGUGGCCGGCGCCAACCGCAUCAGCGUCUUCGGCCUGGGCUACCUGAUGGCCUGCUUCUACCUGCUGCUCUUUGGCACCGCCCUGCUGCGCCGGCCCCUCCGAGCCCGCCUGGUGCUGUGGGACUGCCUGAUUCUCUACAACGUCACCGUCAUCAUCGCCAAGAACAUGCUGGCGCUCCUGUCCUGCGUCUUUGUCCAGCAAAUGCAGGAGAGCUUCUGCUGGGUGAUUCAGCUCUUCAGCCUGGCUUGCACCGUCAAGGGUUACUACGACCCCAAGGCUGUGGACAAGACCCAGGACUGCGCGCUGCCGGUGGAGGAAGCCGGCAUCAUCUGGGACAGCAUCUGCUUCUUCUUCCUGCUCCUGCAGCGCAGGGUCUUUCUCAGCUACUACUUCCUGCACGUGGUGGCCGACCUCCAAGCCUCGGCCCUCCAGGCCUCCAGGGGUUUUGCUCUCUACAAGGCCAGGAUGAUCAAGCGAAUGACAUCACACCACCAGGCGGAGAAGAAGUCCUUGGUCCAGCUGAAGCGGCAGAUGGAGCGGAUCCGGGCCAAGCAGGAGAAGUACCACCAAGGGCAGCAGCAGGCGGGGCAACUGGACAUUUGGACUCCCAGCAGAGGGGGCGGCGUGGGGGUUUCACACCCUGCCGUUCUUGAAUCUUUUCCACCCUCGGAGGUUCUGUUCUGGACCUUUAACACAGAGCUGGUGCAGGUGAGGGCCCAGGAGGCCACCGUCUCUGGAGGCAGCCCUUCACGAGGACGCUCUCGCCUGCCCUUGGCCCGUCCUUCACGCUCCUGUCUGCCCUCUUCCACAGAGCCAGGUGCCAAGAAAGACCCUUCCCACCAGAGGAAGUGCUGGUGGCGCCCUUGGCUGGAUCAUGCUGCAGUGCUGCACUCGGGGGAUUAUUUCUUGUUCGAUACGGACAGCGAAGAGGACGAAGAGUCGGUUGUGGAAGAGCAAAAGCCACCGAAGCAGAGCGCCUUCCAGCUGGCCUACCAGGCCUGGGUGACAAACACGCAGUCGGCGCUCCGUGAGCGGCAGAGGCAGGAGAAAGAGGAGGAGAAGGAGGAGGAGCAGGCGACGGAGCGGGCGGAAGGUGACUUGGCUGAAGGGGAGAUCCGGACAGGUGAGCUGAAGGAUGGGGCCACUAGCCAAGAAGAAAAGGAGGAAGAGGAGGAGGAGGAGGAAGAGGAAGACGAGGAAGAGGAGGAAGUUCCAGAGAAGAGCCACGUGGUGCAACGGGCUCUCAACGGGCUGCGCUUCCUGUGGGUGCUGUGCCAGGCCACGGUGGACGGGCUGACCCAGUGGCUGCAGGCGUUCACCAAGGAGCACGAGCAGAUGUCCACCAUCUUGGGGCUGGAGAGGUUUGUGCUCACGCAGCAGCUGGAGCAGGCGGAAGAGGUCCAGAGGAGUGUCCUGGACAGGCUGUACCAGCCGACUGGGACGGACAACGCCUCCGAGGACACGGCUCUGCCAGGAACUGUGGUCGGGUCUCCAGACAGCGCAGCUUCCAGGGGUGGCGAAGGGGCAGAAGCGCUCAGCACGGACACCACCGGCUACGACACCCCCAGCGAUGAGCGAAGCCCGGCCGGGGACUCCUUGGGCCCCCUUUCUGUCAGCUCCCAAGACCUGCAGGCUGACUUUCUGUCCCGGCCUCGGACGGCCAGUGAGUUGCUUGUGAACAGGCACGUCUCGUUUGAAGAGCUGGACGAAUCAGAGAGGUUCUACCGCUCCCAGAACCGCUUCCUGCGGCUGCUGCUGGCCUGCUACCACUUCGUGGCGGCCCACUCGGACCUCCUGUGCUACUUCGUCAUCGUCCUCAACAACAUGGUGACGGCCUCGGUCAUCUCGGUGGUCCUUCCCAUCCUGGUCUUCUUGUGGGCCAUGCUGUCCAUCCCACGGCCGAGCAAGCGCUUCUGGAUGACCGCCAUCGUGUACACGGAGGCGAUGGUGGUGGCGAAGUACCUCUUUCAGUUCGGCUUCUUCCCCUGGAACAGCUACAGCAUCCUUGUGCGCAACGAGGCCAAGCCUUUCUUCCCGCCCCGCAUCCUGGGCCUGGAGAAGACCGACAGCUACAUCAAGUACGACCUCGUCCAGCUGAUGGCGCUCUUCUUCCACCGCUCCCUGCUGCUGAGCUACGGGCUGUGGGACCACGAGGAGGACGUCUUGGCCAAGCCCCAGCCCGAGACGGUCGAGCCGCCCUCUCUGACGCCGAGCAAAGAGGGGCCAGGAGAGAGUUUGGUCCAAGCCCCUCCUGAGACAGGCCUGGUGGCGAUUCCAGAGGCAGAGGGUGAGCAAGGAGCGCAGAAGGGGAUCCGCUUGCGGUUCAGGAGGAAGAAGGGGAAGAAGAAGCCAAGCAAGGCUCAGGAAGUGCCGCUGGAGGAAGUCCCAGAGGAGCAGGUUAAGAAGCAGGAGCAGGAAGGAGGGGAGGAGAAGACACCGAGCCCUUCCCAGGAGAAGCUGAAGGCGGCCGGGCGGAGGGUGAAGCAUUUCUGCCUCUCUGCUGCCGGGCGCGUGUUUGAGCCCCUGCGGCAGUUCUUCAGGGACAUCUUGCACAGCAAGUACCGGGCGGCCACGGACGUCUAUGCCCUUAUGUUCCUGGCUGAUGUGGUGGACUUCAUCAUCAUCAUCUUUGGAUUCUGGGCUUUUGGGAAACACUCGGCCGCAGCCGACAUCACCUCCUCGCUCUCGGAGGACCAGGUCCCCCAGGCCUUCCUGGUGAUGCUGCUCAUCCAGUUCUCCACCAUGGUCAUCGACCGGGCGCUCUACCUGCGCAAGAGCGUCUUGGGCAAGCUCAUCUUCCAGGUCCUCCUGGUCUUCGGCAUCCACAUCUGGAUGUUCUUCAUCCUGCCUGCCGUCACGGACAGGAUGUUCUACUUGAACACGGUGGCUCAGCUCUGGUAUUUUGUGAAGUGCCUCUACUUUGCUCUGUCAGCCUACCAGAUCCGCUGUGGCUACCCCACGCGCAUCCUGGGCAACUUCCUCACCAAGAAAUACAACCACCUCAACCUCUUCCUUUUCCAAGGCUUCCGCUUGGUGCCUUUCCUGGUGGAGCUGCGCGCCGUCAUGGACUGGGUCUGGACAGACACCACCUUGUCUCUCUCCAACUGGAUGUGCGUGGAAGACAUCUACGCCAACAUUUUCAUCAUCAAAUGCAGCCGCGAGACGGAGAAGAAAUACCCCCAGCCGAAGGGGCAGAAGAAGAAGAAGAUUGUCAAGUACGGCAUGGGGGGGCUCAUCAUCCUCUUCCUCAUCUGCAUCAUCUGGUUCCCCCUGCUCUUCAUGUCGCUGGUGCGCUCCGUGGUGGGUGUGGUCAACCACCCCAUCGACGUCACCGUCACGCUCAAGCUGGGAGGCUACGAGCCUCUGUUCACCAUGAGUGCCCAACAGCAAUCCAUCGUCGCUUUUACCCCCAAGGACUACGAUGCCUUGACCGAGAAGUUUGAACGGCAGCCGCUGGCCAUGCAGUUCAUCACUCUUUACGGCUAUGAGGACAUCGUAACAGCUCGCAUGGAGGGCAACUCGGGCUCGCUCUGGAGCAUCAGCCCCCCCAGCCGGGAGCAGAUGCGGGAGGAGCUGAGCAACGGCUCCUCAGACAUCACUCUGCGCUUCACGUGGACCUUCCAGAGGGACCUUGGCAAGGGGGGGACAGAGGAAUACACCUCUGAGAAGCACACAAUGGAUCUGGAUCAGAAGAGCGCUGUGCGAAGGAAUUUGGCUGGCCUUCUGGAGGGAACCCGCAAUGCCUCUGUGAGAAUUCCCCACCUCUUCCCUCCCUACAUCCGUGCACCCAACGGCCGGGAAGCCAACCCUGUUGAGCAGCUCCUGCCAGAUGAGGAGGACAGCUAUUGGGAUGUAGAGGUGCAGCUGAGGCGCCAGCGAGUGGGGCCUGGGAGUGGCAGCGCCAGCUUCCUGGAAUGGUGGGUGAUCCGCCUGGCUGAGUGCGCGCACGACUGUGACAUCCUACCCAUGGUCAUCUUCAGUGACAAAGUCAGCCCUCCCAGCCUGGGAUUCUUGGCAGGAUACGGGAUCAUGGGCCUCUAUGUCUCCAUCGUGCUGGUGAUCGGCAAGUUUGUGAGGGGCUUCUUCAGCGAGAUCUCGCACUCCAUCAUGUUUGAGGAGCUGCCCUGCGUCGACCGCAUCCUGAAGCUCUGCCACGACAUCUUCCUGGUGCGCGAGACGGGCGAGCUGGAGUUGGAGGAGGAACUGUACGCGAAGCUCAUCUUCCUGUACCGCUCGCCGGAGACCAUGAUCAAGUGGACCCGGGAGAAGGAGUGAGGUGGAAGCGGGAAAGAACAGUGGCCUCCGGAGGGUGGCGUGCUAAGAGCCCAUCUUCUCCUCCCUCUAGGGGGCAGAAAUGGGGGGUGUGUGGAGGGGGGUGUUGCAGAUAUGGACCUAAAGAGGACACGGAGCACUCCCACGAGCUUGUCACCCCCUCCAAUGCUGCCUCUUUCUCCCCCACCCCCACCCGCUUAGAGCCCUGUGGGUGGUUGGGGCAGUCCCUCAACCUCUGAGCCAUCUCUGCUGCCACACUGCCUGGAGUGGUGCGGGAGGCAGGGAGAACAGGGCCGUUCCCCUUUUUUUAAAAGAAAGCCUCUCAAUUUGGUGGGACGGGAUCCCCCCUCUGUCCCUUGCACAUUACCCCUUCCUCUGAACUUUCACAGUAGCAUAAAACGGAGGAGAAGGAGCCUGGCCAGCCUUGUGGUGAAAUUUUUUAUAGGACUGAAAAGGGGAUUCCCUGCUGCUAAAACAGACCAGCACCUCUAGCACAGCAAUACUCUGCUUGCAGCCGCUGACCUAGGGCUGCAGAGUUCCUCUCCUGCUCCUCUUGUUCAGAGGCUGCCACAAGCCCUCCCUGCAGCCGGUCUCCUCCACCAUCGCCACCCCUGCCAUCUCUACGGCUCGAAAAGGACUGGGUGUGUUUUCAAGUGCCAGGCCUAACUGCUGGGAACAAGAGGGUGGAUGGAGAUGGCAGACCUUUCCUGCCCACCCCCACCCCCAAAAGGUGGUUUUAUUUAUACAGAUCUCUAUCAUAAAUAUUUUAAAAAUAAAAAAGGUGUGAUAACAAAC